AGCCAAUUUAAUAUGGAUUAUGAGAGUGAAUUAAAAUGUAUCUGAUGCAAAGCUAGAGGCAAAUUUAGCUGGAGGCUAGUGAGAGUAAAAACAGGUGGAGUAGUGCGCUCUGGGAGUGAAAGGGAGGAGAGCAUCCUUGCCCGUUGUUCCUGCUGCCGGCGUGACGCGUGGUUAAAGUUGCCUUUUUCUGGACGCGCUCCAGCUGUGUUUUAUGGGCCGGACCACUGGUGUGCGUGUGCAGAGUGUGGGACGUGAUGUGGUUCGGUCCUCAGUGAAAAGGUCUCCCAAGUAUCUCUCUUGGCAGACGAGCACCGCGCGUCCAAGCGAGGUGGAGGAGAAAAAGGAGGAGGAGGGGGGACAGCAGAGGCAGACAAUGCGGUCCUGCGAUGCGCUUAUUUCUCCGUACAAUUUACACCCACAUCCACGAAAACAUGAUGUGCCGAAGACGUGGGAGAACUCCUCGUGAUUUGGCUAUUUUUAUUUAUUUUUUAUAAUCGGAUUGAAGCAAAUUCCUUUCACGUUUUGACCGAGAACAAAAAUAGAGAUGAAAUUUCCAAUAGAAAACCCGAGGAAACAAGUUAACUGGGACCCGGAACAAGUGGCGGUCCAGACCAACUUGGUCCCUCCCAAAAAGGUCCAGCCUGGCAUGGCUAAGUCGAGCCUGGUCCAGGCCAGCGUGGCCACCAUGCAGAACCCGAUGGGCUGCGACCCAAAGGCCAAUGGUCACUGUCCAUUACCGCGCCUGUCCAUCUCCUCCCGCUCUGCCAGCGUGGUGGCCAGCAUGGACGCCAGCUGCGACGGCACGGCCGCGGCGCUCCACUCGGUGAUGAAGUGGAAGACGGUGCUGGCAGUGUUCAUCGUGGUCGUCCUCUACCUGGUUUGUGGAGGUCUGGCAUUCAGGGCGCUGGAGCAGCCGUUUGAGAGCAUCCAGAAGACCAGUAUCACCCUGGAGAAGGCUUCUUUCCUGGAGAGACACCCAUGUGUUACCCCUGAGGAGCUGGAGGCACUCAUCAAGCAUACUAUAGAUGCUGUGAGUGCAGGGGUGAGUCCUAUUGGAGACACAUCCUACAAUUCCAGUUACUGGGACCUGGGCAGUGCCUUCUUCUUCGCUGGAACUGUCAUCACAACCAUAGGUUAUGGAAACAUAGCUCCAAGCACGGAGGGCGGAAAAAUCUUUUGCAUCCUUUAUGCCAUAUUUGGCAUCCCUCUCUUUGGCUUCUUGUUGGCGGGGAUUGGAGACCAGCUGGGAACCAUCUUUGUGAAAAGCAUCUUGAGAGUCGAGAAGAUAUUCAGGCAAAAACACAAACAGAUCAGCCAGACUAAGAUCAGAGUGACGUCCACCAUCCUGUUCAUCCUGGCCGGCUGCAUCGUCUUCGUCACCAUCCCUGCUGUCAUCUUUAAACACAUCGAGGGCUGGACCACACUGGAGGCCAUUUACUUUGUUGUGAUCACACUCACCACAGUGGGAAUAGGAGACUAUGUGGCAGGUGGUGACCGUAGGAUUGAUUACAUGAAGUGGUACAAGCCUCUGGUGUGGUUUUGGAUCUUGGUGGGUUUGGCGUACUUUGCAGCCGUCCUCAGCAUGAUUGGAGACUGGCUUCGGGUACUGUCUAAAAAGACCAAAGAAGAGGUUGGGGAGAUUAAAGCUCACGCAGCUGAAUGGAAGGCAAAUGUCCGAGCAGAGUUCCGUGAAACGCGGCGGCGCCUGAGUGUUGAGAUCCAUGACAAGCUCCAGCGGGCUGCCACCAUCCGCAGCAUGGAGCGCCGUCAGCUUGGCCUGGAGCAGCGAGCUCACUCCCUGGACAUGCUGUCCCCAGAGAAGCGGGCCUUGUUCGCAAGCCUGGAUGCCGGCCGCUUCAAGACGUCCUCCCAGGAGAGCAUCGACACCAAGCUCAACAACCUGAGGCUGAAGGGGGCCUGCGAGCCGUACGACAAUCAGGGGAGCGAGCAAGCGCCACAGACAGCGUCUUCCUCGGAGGAGAAUCUCUUCAACCUGCGCUUCGGAUCCCUCACCAAGCUGGCCAGACGCAACAAGAACCGUGAGCUCCGCAGGAACAUUGAUGAAGAUGUGCGACGAGCGAGUCUUGGCAUAAACACUUGCAGCGUCAUGCUGGGUGAGGAGAGGACGGAAGAAGAAGAAGAUGAGGAGCCAGACGAGGAAAACGGAGAGAGAAAAGAGGGAAACACCAGCCUGACAAACCUGUCACAGUACGCAAUGGAGCGCAGCAAGUUGAAUGGGUUCACGCCAGUGCAGACCAAAGACAGUGAGAACGACUAGGCAUUGAAUGGAAGAGCGCCUCAAGAGACAAAGAGAGAAUCGAACUGAAAGAGACAGAGACACAGAGUGCAUGGUCCUUUGAGAUGUCAAGAAAUGUGCCUUUCUGUUUUCUAUGCUUAGAUUGGAGCUGCUCCCAGGAGAUUCAGUCAUCGUGCCAUAGCCAUGGGAAGAGAAUACGUUGCCAAAAAAUUGAAGAGACAGACGAGGGUGUAGUUAAAAUACCUCAUAUCGGAUGUUACUGUAGAACGGGCCGCUAAAGAACUUCUAUCUCUACAGGAGCUGUCUUUCCAGCUUCGUUGUCUUUCAGCCUUGACAACUCGUAGGAGACACUCGGGCAACGGCUGUCUGUUAACCGUAUUUUUUAACGGUGUGGGCAGGGGAUCCAGAGAGCCAUCCUCAUGCCAUCCAUCUUCUGAGACAUUAUCGAUUACCGCUUUGUCAUGUCAUACUGUGGUGGCUAUGUUAAGCUUAGCGACUAAAGGACUACAACGUAAAACGAAUAGAGGGUGGGAGGUUGUGUUUUUGCUGGAUCAAUAGAUAAUAUGAGCGUUAACCUAGCUGACAUGUACAAUUAUUCCUACACGGUAUGUGAUUAUGAAAAUGCAGCCUUGGGGUAUAAACUACUACAUACUAAGAGCUCAUAACAACAACGUGUUCACCUUGAUUGUGCAUGGUUAUUAAAAUACAACCAUAGCAGUUAAUUGACUACCUUGAAAGCUUGAAAUGACAGCUGUAAUAAUGUUUCCUUUUGUUUAAAUAAAAUGAAAUGUACUGCUUUCUUAUAUGUAAAAAACAAACAAACAUGUCAGUAAUGUUUGCCACCAUUGUGGAUCAACAUCGAGCUGGAGUUCACCUGACAGACACACAUUUAAUCACCUUUGGCCAUGAGAUUGUCAGCCAUGUCGAAAAACACUGCUUUUGUUAUGACAUUCACUUUUAAUCACAAAAUGUCUUCAGAUUACUUAAAUGACUUUUUAAUGAAUGAAUGUUACGCCGUUGAUUUUGUACCCAUCGAGCAUGUUUGCAUCCAUGUUUACUCCUUUUGAUAUCAGACAAGCACUUGAGUUUAAUUUUCCAUUGAACUGUAAAAUAUGAACUGAACAUGUCAAGUUUCGUUUUCGGUAUUUUUUUCGGAAACAACAUUGUGGCACACUGAAAUGUGUUUUCCUGUAGUUCCUAGAGGUUUACUCACUGAAAUGUUUGACACAUGACCAUUUUGACUUCAUUUAAAAACAGGCACUGACUCUACAACCUGAUGCCUUCUUUACAUUUUACAGAAUUAUUAAAUGUAUCACUGGCGUGCAUUGCAUGCAAGGAAAAUUACACACACACACACACACACACACACACACACACACACACACACACACACACACACACACUGGUUGUACCUGUAACCUGUUUAUCUCAUAUCAUCAACCUUUUCAUGACCAUGACCUGUGAUAAGUUUGUUGUGUACAGUUUAUUUUAUGAACAGAUCACAUUAAAUGUAGUGAGUGCCUUU